GACAAAUUGAGGCCUGAAACUAUUGUUAUUAAAUACAGGGGUAUAAAUAUUAAAUAUGAAAAUUAGAGUGUAAUUUAUAAAUCUAGUGAAAACUGAGGAGCAACGCUGUUAAAAACUCUAAAGUUAAUGAGUAAAAACUCUAAAACAGAACCCUUCCAAACCCCAGUCCCUCAUUCAGUGAUGUGUGGUAGGUAUAGCGGGAACUAAAACCAAAACGUAGACAUGCAGACAAACGUGGUGGUGUUGGACAAUGGCGGUGGGCUAAUCAAAGCCGGUCUCGGCGGAGAGCGUGACCCUUCCACCAUCAUUCCCAACUGCCUCUACCGCCCUCUUUCCUCCAAGAAGUGGCUCCACCCUUCCCCAACCUCCUCCGACGAUCCCACCGAUCUCACCUCCGCCGCCGUCCGCCGACCCAUCGACCGCGGUUACCUCAUCAACCCUGAUCUCCAACGCGACAUCUGGGCCCACCUCUUCUCUUCCCUUCUCCACAUCACCCCGGCCCAGUCUUCCCUCCUCCUCACCGAGCCCCUCUUCGCCAUCCCUUCCAUCCAGCGAGCCACCGACGAGCUCGUCUUCGAGGAUUUCAACUUCAGCGCCCUCUAUGUGGCCGAUUCUCCAUCGUUGGUUCAUCUCUACGAGGCCAGUCGUCGGCCCACUGGGAUUGUCUCCAAGGCCCAAUGCAGCGUCGUUGUGGAUUGUGGUUUCUCUUUCACUCAUGCCGCACCUGUUUUCCAGAACUUCACCAUCAACUAUGCUGCCAAGCGCAUUGACUUGGGCGGCAAGGCUCUCACCAAUUUCCUCAAGGAGCUGGUCUCUUAUCGCUCCGUCAAUGUCAUGGACGAGACGUUCCUUAUGGAUGAUGUCAAAGAGAAGCUCUGCUUCGUGUCCCUUGAUGUCCCUCGUGACCUCCGGAUCGCGAAGAAAUAUGGGAAGGACAAUCUUUUCAGAUGCACAUAUGUGUUGCCUGAUGGUGUUGAACACACAAAGGGUUUUGUUAAGGACCCAGCUGAAGCACAGAGAUAUCUCACUUUGACAGACGGAGAUUUUCCUGCGCAAGUGGGAACGAAUAAGGAUUUGGAUCAGCUACAAGUUACUGAGAAGCGUGAGGACCGAAAGAGAGUUGAUUUAACUAAAAAUGAAUUUGAAUUGUCGAAUGAACGGUUCCUUGUACCUGAGAUGAUCUUCCAUCCUGCUGAUUUGGGAAUGAAUCAAGCUGGACUGGCAGAGUGCAUUGUUAGAGCUGUGAAUUCCUGCCACCCUCAUCUUCAUCCUGUACUAUAUGAAAGCAUUAUUUUAACUGGUGGGAGUACUCUUUUUCCUCGGUUUGCUGAGCGAAUAGAGAGGGAGCUCCGGCCUCUUGUUCCUGACUGCUAUCGUGUCAAUAUAACGAGUCAAGAAGAUCCCAUACUGGGUGUUUGGCGAGGAGGAUCACUUCUAGCAUCCAGUCCUGAUUUUGAAGCCAUGUGUGUCACCAAGGCUGAGUAUGAAGAGCUCGGAUCUGCUCGAUGCCGUAGGAGAUUCUUUCAUUGACUGAUUAUUAAGGUUUGAGUUCCAAAUGCUCUAUAAGCCUCCAUCGAAAGAUGAUGAAGUGCUGAAGACAUUCAAGGAGCUCGAGUCACCUCUACCUGGAUAGGAAAGCCUGAAGAACAAAUGAGUCCAGGGGUUAGGCAUAUCAUGGGCCUCAAGGAAACCACCAUACAUUGUCAAUGCUGCAUCAACUGGAACAUCACAACAUGUUUAUGCCUUCCAACUUUAUAUGUGGGCUCAGGAGAGAUAUAGAAAGGAAAACGAAAAAGAAACAGAGCCUUGGUAAAUGCCUCUUGACACGCCAUCCGCUUUAGAUUAUAGAUUGUUGUAAUGAUGAAGAUUAUAUAAUAAUUUUAUAUAAAUAAUGUUGAUUAAUCUAUAUUAAUAAUAUAUUUUAUUUAAAUUUA